AUGUCCCUCACCGACACGACGCUGAAAGAGAAAUACCCCGCGAAAGCCCACUGCCAGCGAGUCGCGAAAUAUCUGACUGACCGCGGACUUCCCAGCGAUGCCGUUAUCUAUCUCGAGGCGCAGAAGACGCGCAUGGUAGAGGAUGACGACCAAGCCGAUCAUUUCCGACAGCGUCGAUACUUCUUCUAUCUGUCUGGAUGCAAAGUACCAGAUGCCUACCUCGUCUAUAAUAUUCCACAAAACAUAUUGACGCUAUUCAUCCCGCCAAUUGAUCCCGAAUCCGUCAUCUGGGCUGGUCUACCUGAGUCUAAAGAGGAGGCACUAGCAAAGUAUGAUGUGGAUGAUGUGCUCUACACGAAUGAAGUCAACGCCGCCCUCGCGGCCUACGGGCCCAGGAAAACAACCUCUGUCUACGCGAUCCCAGAGCAAGUCUCCGAGCAUAUUACUUUCCUCCCGUUCGUCGGAACCGAGCUGUCGUCUCUCAGAGAAGCCAUUGACGAGUGUCGAGUGAUUAAAGACACGUACGAGGUUGCUCUCAUCCGAAAAGCCAACGAGAUCUCGACCCUGGCCCACAUCGAGGCACAGAAAGCGGCCAGCACGGCCACUAAUGAAGAGCAGUUAUAUGGCGCGUUCAUCGGCACUUGCAUCUCAAACGGGGCUCAUGAGCAGGCAUAUCAUUCCAUAUGCGCCACUGGCCAUUCAUGUGCCACGCUACACUACAUCCGCAACGAUCAGCCCCUUCGCAAUCGCCUGAAUGUUCUCCUCGAUGCAGGCGCCGAGUAUGAUUGCUACUGCGCCGACAUCACCCGCACAUUCCCACUCUCUGGUACCUUCACACCGGAAUCGCAAACUAUCUACGACCUUGUAAAGGAAAUGCAAGAGUCAUGCUUCGACAUGUUGUAUGCAGGCAUGAACUGGGAAGAUGUGCACGAGAACGCGCACAAAGUGGCCAUCAAGGGCCUGCUCAAAGCCGGCAUCUUGAAAGGAAGCGAGCAGGAGCUGCUUGAGAAGCGUAUCUCGACCGCAUUCUUCCCGCACGGUCUCGGCCACUACCUCGGCAUGGACACCCACGACACUGGCGGACACGCCAACUACGAGGAUCCAGAUCCCAUGUUCAAGUAUUUGAGAGUCAGAGGCCAAGUACCGGCCGGGGCAGUCAUCACGGUAGAGCCGGGCAUCUAUUUCUGCCGCUUCAUCAUCGAACCCGUGCUUGAAGAUCCGGAGCGGGCCAAGUACAUUGUCAAGGAAGCGCUGGACAAAUACUGGGAUGUUGGCGGCGUCCGAAUCGAAGACGAUGUAUUGAUCAAGGACGAGAAAGAGGGUGGCUGGGAAAACCUCACAGAUACGCCCAAGCUAUGA